AUGUCCCGUCGUGGUGUUGGCCUCGGGGCCUUUGCGAACCGUACUCAAGCAACGCAGUCCUUUGCCAGCCAUGGCGCUAACUUACGCUCCACGCAUCUCGCGUCUCUCCAGACUCAGCUCUCUGUCUUCCAGUCCUUACUCCAUACCUUCGCGCUAGAACAUAGCUCCACCAUCAAAUCCAAUCCUACCUUUCGAGCCGAGUUUGCGCGCAUGUGUAAUACGAUUGGGGUCGAUCCUCUUGCUGCGAGUAACGUCAAGGGCAAGAAUGGCCGACGCGGACUUGGCGAAGGGGGUAGCUUCUGGACGCAGAUCAUGGGCGGCGAUAUGAACGACUUCUACUUUGAGGUUGCUGUCCGCGUCGUGGAACUAUGCCGGGAUACAAGGGAUGAGAACGGCGGAUUGAUCGGUGUAGAAGAGUGCCGAAAGCGAGUUCGCAAGGGGAAGGCCAUCGGAAGUGGAUUGGAGGUUUCUGAGGACGAUAUUCUUCGUGCUGUUCGAUCUCUAGAGCCUCUCGGUUCCGGCUUCUCCAUCGUCCAUGUUGGAUCCAAGCAAUAUAUUCGGUCUAUACCCAAGGAGUUGAACACUGAUCAGGCAACCGUACUUGAAGUGAUCCAAAUGCUAGGGUUUGUGAGUGUCUCAAUGCUACAACUCAACCUGAACUGGGAGAAGGCCCGAGCACAGACAGUCAUCGACGAUCUACUCGCUGAUGGCCUUGUUUGGCUCGAUGCUCAAGGUCCGGAGAAGGAGUACUGGUCACCCCAGAACCUGCUGGAUGAUAGUGGAUGA